CGCAGGAACUCCGCACCGCACGGAGCAACGGCUGGAGGGGAUCGGAGCGCGGCGCAGGGGACUCGUCUGAGCCGCUGGCUCUGCUCGGCGGGGAGGGAGCGGGCCCGCCCGCUGGGCUCGGGCCCUCCGGAUCCGCCCCCUCCCCGGUCCCGCCCCCUCGGAGCCGCCUCUGGCUGCUCAGGGGUUGCGCCGGGGCCGGGGGCCCGCGGUCCGGGCGCCAUGCGGGCAUCGCUGCUGCUGUCGGUGCUGCGGCCCGCAGGGCCCGUGGCCGUGGGCAUCUCCCUGGGCUUCACUCUGAGCCUUCUCAGCGUCACCUGGGUGGAGGAGCCGUGCGGCCCAGGGCCGCCCCAACCUGGAGACUCUGAGCUGCCGCCGCGCGGCAACACCAACGCGGCGCGCCGCCCCAACUCGGUGCAGCCGGGAGCGGAGCGUGAGAGGCCCGGGGCCGGCGCGGGCGCCGGGGAGAACUGGGAGCCGCGCGUCUUGCCCUACCACCCCGCACAGCCCGGCCAGGCCACCAAAAAGGCCGUCAGGACACGCUACAUCAGUACGGAGCUGGGCAUCAGGCAGAGGCUGCUGGUGGCGGUACUGACCUCCCAGGCCACGUUGCCCACGCUGGGUGUGGCCGUGAACCGCACGCUGGGGCACCGACUAGAGCGUGUGGUGUUCCUGACAGGCACACGGGGCCGCCGAGCACCACCGGGCAUGGCAGUGGUGACUCUGGGCGAGGAGCGGCCCAUUGGGCACCUGCACCUGGCGCUGCGCCACCUGCUGGAGCAGCACGGCGACGACUUUGACUGGUUCUUCCUAGUGCCUGACUCUACCUACACCGAGGCUCACGGAGUGGCACACCUAACUGGUCACCUCAGCCUGGCCGCCGCUGGUCAUCUCUAUCUGGGCCGGCCCCAGGACUUCAUCGGUGGAGAGCCCACCCCAGGCCGCUACUGCCACGGUGGCUUUGGGGUGCUGCUAUCCCGCACGCUACUGCAGCAGCUGCGCCCCCACCUGGAAAGCUGCCGCAAUGACAUCGUCAGUGCACGCCCGGACGAGUGGCUGGGACGCUGCAUCCUUGAUGCCACAGGGGCUGGCUGCACUGGCGACCACGAGGGGGUGCACUAUAGCUAUAUGGAGCUAAGUCCUGGGGAGCCUGUGCAGGAGGGGGACCCUCGUUUCCACAGUGCCCUGACAGCCCACCCUGUGCGUGACCCUGUGCAUAUGUACCAGCUGCACAAGGCUUUUGCCCGAGCUGAGCUGGAACGCACAUACCGGGAAAUCCAGGAGUUGCAGUGGGAGAUCCAGAACACCAGCCGUCUGGCAGCUGAUGGGGAGCGGGCAGCUGCGUGGCCCGUGGGCAUUCCAGCACCUUCCCGCCCAGCCUCCCGCUUUGAGGUACUGCGCUGGGACUAUUUCACAGAGCAGCAUGCUUUCUUCUGCGCUGAUGGCUCACCCCGCUGCCCGCUGCGUGGGGCCGACCGGGCUGAUGUGGCUGAUGUUCUGGAGGCAGCCGUGGAAGAGCUCAACCGCCGCUACCACCCGGCCCUGCGGCUCCAGAAGCAGCAGCUGGUUAAUGGCUACCGACGCUUUGAUCCAGCCCGGGGUAUGGAGUACACACUGGACUUGCAGCUGGAGGCACUAACUCCCCAGGGUGGCCGCCGGCCUCUCACCCGCCGGGUGCAGCUGCUCCGGCCGCUGAGCCGCGUGGAGAUCUUGCCUGUGCCCUAUGUCACAGAGGCCUCACGUCUCACUGUGCUGCUGCCUCUGGCUGCAGCCGAGCGUGACCUGGCCCCUGGCUUCCUGGAGGCCUUUGCUGCUGCAGCACUGGAGCCUGGUGAUGCUGCGGCAGCCCUGACCCUGCUGCUACUGUAUGAGCCACGUCAGGCCCAGCGAGCAGCCCAUGCAGAUGUCUUCACACCUGUCAAAGCCCACGUGGCAGAGCUGGAGCGUCGUUUCCCCGGAGCCAGGGUGCCCUGGCUUAGUGUGCAGACAGCUGCACCUUCACCGCUGCGCCUCAUGGAUCUACUCUCCAAGAAGCACCCGCUGGACACACUGUUUUUGCUGACUGGGCCCGACACGGUGCUCACACCUGACUUCCUUAACCGCUGCCGCAUGCAUGCCAUCUCUGGCUGGCAGGCCUUCUUUCCCAUGCACUUUCAGGCCUUCCAUCCGGCCGUGGCCCCACCACAAGGGCCAGGGCCACCAGAACUGGGCCGUGACACAGGCCGCUUUGAUCGCCAGGUAGCCAGUGAGGCCUGCUUCUACAACUCUGACUACGUGGCAGCCCGCGGGCGGCUGGCCGCAACCUCGGAGCAGGAGGAGGAGCUGCUGGAGAGUCUGGACGUGUAUGAGCUGUUCCUGAGAUUCUCAGGCCUGCAUGUGCUACGAGCGGUAGAGCCAGCACUGCUACAACGCUACCGGGCCCAGACGUGCAGUGCCCGGCUCAGCGAAGACCUGUACCACCGCUGCCGCCAGAGUGUGCUUGAGGGCCUUGGCUCCCGGACCCAGCUUGCCAUGCUGCUCUUUGAGCAGGAACAGGGCAACAGCACCUGACCCUGCCCUGUGCCCCUGAGCCCUGGCACAGCCGCACCCUGCAUAAUUCUCCCCAACAACCCAGAGCCACCUGCCAGCCUCGCUGGACAGGGCUGGCUGCAGCCACAGACCCCAGAGCAAUCCUUGGGUCCCCUCUCUCUGGCUUUGUGGAUCCUUGGGCUCAGAACAAGCCCUGGGGGAGGUACCCCUGGAGCCACCCCCUUCUUGCCUCAAUCCCGUCCUCCUGCCCCCUUGACGCUGCUGAUUCCAGCUGUGGCCUCUGUGUAUUUAUGCAGUACAGUCUGCCUGACGCCAGCUGCGCCUCCUGGGGUCGGGCCCUGGGGGCUGGGCUGUAGAUGAGUUGUUGGGAAAGGGGGGAGGUGAGAGAGGAGAGGGGGCUGUCUCCCAUCUUCUCCCUUCUGGGCCCCUAAUGAAGCUCCCUGCCUCUAAUAAACUGGCUGAGCGUGGACUCGU